GGGGACGGAGAGGGAGCUGAACCCCCUUUUCCCCUCGUGGCGUCCUUAUCCCUCCCUCCGGUCCUUCCUCCCCCGGUGUAGGAUUUCCUCGGCCGCCCUUUCAGUGGUGUCUGUGUCCCUCGCCUGUGUGUCUGGAGGUGGCUCUGUCUCCAUCCACCCCCAUCCCUACCCUCCACCCCAGCGCCACCCCGGGCCACCCACGAUAACAGGGGAAGAGGAAGGCACACCCCAGCACGCCCCAGCAAGCCCACAGCACGCCCACAGCCCCGCAACACCCCAGACCCACGCAACGAACACAAAAAAGAUUAAAAAAAACUGAGAAAAAGAAAAAAAAACAACAAACUUUAAAUAAAAUAAAAAAAAAGAAAAGAAAAUAGAAAAAAGAAAAAGAAAACAGUGCAAACACACACACACACACACACACAGCCAUGCAGAACCACACACACAGCUGAUAAACACACACACACGUACACACAGACACACAGACACACAGGUACCAUGGCAGCGGGUGGGCAGUAGGAAGGUGUGGGAGUGUUAAUUAGUGACCCAGGUGAACAGACAACACCUGAGUGAGCCAUGCCUGGUCUGGACGCCCUUAUAGUGUUGAAGGACCGAGCAAAGGAGGUCAGGGAGCGCUUCAUCAUCAGCCGGAACUCAGUGAUUCCUCAUGACAGGGAUGUCCAGUAUGAAGAAUAUGAGCUGGGGUCUGCCAAGGGGGGGGCCGACCAGCAGUGGGGGGAGGGAGCGUUCGACGAGGACAUGGAGAGGGAGAAGCCGCCCCUGAGGAAGAUCGACCAGUACAUGCCCCCAAACUGCCCCUGCUGUAACAUUACCAAGAGAUUCACCAUGGCUAUUCUGGCGAGCAUAGGUUUUCUCAUCUCUUUCGGUAUUCGGUGUAACAUGGGCGUGGCGGUGGUGCAGAUGACGGCCAAUGAAAGUGAUUCUGGGAAGCGAGAGAUCGAGUGGAGUGACGACAUAGUGGGCGUGAUCGAUUCCUCUUUCUUCUGGGGCUACCUGGUGACACAAGUACCUGGGGGCCUCAUCGCCUCUCGCUUCCCCGCCCACUGGGUUUUCGGAACAGCCAUCACCACCACCUCCCUCCUGAACAUGCUCUUCCCAGGGGCGUCCCGAAUGCACCCCGCCGCCGCCAUGACCGUCAGGAUACUGCAGGGCCUGGUGGAGGGUGUCACGUAUCCGGCGUGUCACGGUAUCUGGAGGAACUGGGCCCCGCCGCUGGAACGCUCUCGUCUCGCCACCAUGGCUUUCUGCGGGAGCUAUGCUGGGGCGGUGCUGGGUAUGCCGCUGUCUGCCUGGCUCACGGAGGGCAUUGGGUGGCCAGCGCCCUUCUACUUCUAUGGUGUGGCUGGGGUGACCUGGGGGUUUUUUUGGUACUGGUUGGCCUUUGAGAAACCCGCCAAACACCCAACCAUCAGUGCCAAGGAGCAGGUGUACAUUGAGGAGAGUCUCGGCAAGCAGCCCACCUCGCAGCCCACCUUCGCCUCCACCCCCUGGCGCGCCUUUGCCACCUCCAUGCCUGUGUGGGCCAUCGUGGUGGCAAACGUGGCUCGCUCCUGGACCUUCUACCUGUUGAUCAUCUCACAGCCUAGCUACUUCAGUGAGGUGUUCCAUUACAAGGUGGCCAAGAGCGGCACCCUGUCAGCCCUCCCUCACCUGGUAAUGACGAUCGUGGUGCCAUUCGGGGGCCAGCUAGCAGACCACUUCCGUAAGAACAAUAUCCUCUCCACCACCAACGUAAGGAAGAUCUUCAACUGCGGCGGGUUUGGACUGGAGGCGCUGUUCCUGCUGGUGGUGGCCUUCACGAGGGACACCACUGUGGCUAUCUCCGCGCUAACUCUCGCUGUGGGCUUCUCCGGCUUUGCUAUAUCAGGAUUCAACGUGAACCACCUGGACAUCGCGCCGCGCUACGCCAGCAUUCUCAUGGGCAUCAGCAAUGGGUUCGGGACACUGAGCGGCAUGAUCUGUCCCAUUGUGGUGGAGGAAUUUACCAAGCAAGGCACAGCGGCGGAGUGGCAGGUGGUGUUCCUAAUCGCCUCCAUCAUCCACUUCUUGGGCAUCGCCUUCUACGGGAUCUUCGCCUCGGGGGAGCUGCAACCCUGGGCAGAGCCGGCGCCCGAGGAGGCCGCCACGGGGGAGGUCCUGCCCAAGGAGACCACGCCGGCAGUAGGAGGCGUGGGCGGUGUUGGCGGCGUGGUGGGCGGCGUGACUGGCGUGGCGGGGGCGGCGGGCCAGCCUAAUGGGAAACUGUCCACCUAUGGCACGAUGAUGGAGGACGGGGGCGGGGGCGUGGCGGGGGAGGGCGGGGGACAGGGAUACACCUACACCCAGCAGGACUAUACCCAACAACAACAACAACAACAACAACAACAACCAGGAUACACCAUGCAGCAGGCUGACGACGCAAACUACUCCACACAGAAUCCUCACAACCCGUUCGCCAGCGCUCCACCCCAGCCUUCCAACCCCUUCGCUGGGGGGUUCAAACAGGAGCCAGUGCAGCCCCCCUCCCAGUACACCCCUUCCCAGUACUAACCCCACGUCCCCAGUACCCCCAGUGACCCCUUGUAGCCGCCCCCAGCCCUCCCCUGCAGUAUCUUUGUCAGCAUAUCAAAAUUUAGUUCCAGGAUUGAAAGUGGAGGCGUUGGGUGUUUGGUUUAGGUGAGUUUGUGUUGAAAUGUUGUCGUUUUCUAUGAGUGUUUCGUUUUCUUUGAUUAUUUUUAUUAUUAUUAUUAUUUAAGAUUUCUCGUUUUUUUUCUAAUAUAAUGAUUGUCUAAUUAUUUUUUGGCGUUUCCAAUAUUUUUCUAUUAU